AUGAAAGGAAAUCUAAAUAUGGACAACAAUCGAAUAUUUAAUCUACCAGCUCCAAAUGGUAGUAAUCAACCAACACCAUUAGCUUUCACAGAUUUGAAGUAUCUUCACGUUAAUGGAACAAAUAAAAUGACUAAUAAUCUAAACAUGGAUAAUAAAAAAAUAAUUAACCUUAGAACACCAACAGACUCCACAGAUGGUGCAACCAAAAAGUAUGUAGAUGACUCAAUACCUAAUACUAGUUCUUUUAUAAAAAAGGAUGGAAGUGUAUCAAUGACUAAUAACCUAAAUCUUGGAAACAAAAAAAUAGUUGGUCUCGCUACUCCAACAUCAAAUACAGAUGCUGCAACCAAAAAGUAUGUGGAUGAUAAUUCUGGAAGUCCAGAUUUAAGUGAUUACUUGGAAAAAGAUGGUACAGUCACUAUGACUGGUAAUCUUAAUCUUGGUAAUAAUAAAAUAGUUAACCUCAGUGACCCCACCACAGAUCAAGAAGCUGCUAAUCGUGGAUGGGUUCGUAAACAAAUAGAAAGGUUUGAUCAUCAUUCUGGAGAUGGAACAAGUAGUGUAUUUACCAUAACAGAUCCAGCUGCACCCACGACUUUGUAUCUACAAUAUAUCUCAGGCUCAUCAUUUGAUGAUUUUGUUUUUACAACAUCAGCACCUGGUCAACCUCUGGUAGGGUGGGCACCAACUGCUAACACAUACAUUAACAAAAUAGAAUUUCAGUUUGGUUCGCGAAAUAUAAACGUUGACUUUCUGUGGUUUAUUCCCAGAGAUGUCUCUCAUUCCAAUUCUAAUUUUUGGGUAAGUGGAAAUCGCACUAGCACUUGGUCAUUAAAUAUACACAAGUCUUGGAAUUAUAAUAUGUCAGGAGUAAAACUAAGAACCCAUAACAAUUCAAAUCACACAGCUAUCACUUGUCGGUUAUUUACUGAUCUACCAAAAGCAAUAACCAAACCACUUAAGAGAAUAGAAAUCAACACACCUAAAAUUGUAAUAAGUGGGGUUGUAAAAGCUGAUGUCAACCUUGGUGGUAAUAAAAUAGAGAAUCUGGGUCUACCAACCCAAGACAAUGAAGCAGUAAACAAAGGUUAUGUUGACAAUCUAGUUCAUCUUACUGCAGUUCAACCAAGCCAUUAUAAAGAUGAAUUUAGUUACCUCAUGUCAAGUGGGGCUCAAUGGACUGAUGAAUCGGAGGAAAUAGGGUCUAGUUUUGUUAUAACAAAAAUAGGAGAUUUAGCACCAAACAAAGGAAACUUUCACGACUAUAAUCACAAAGUAAUUUACAUGACUAUAAUAAAGAAAUUCUUGCAUGGAUUUAUACAAAAAUAUAUUUAUAAGAUGGGAAUUAAUUUUUACAGACUAACUGCAAAUACCGAAUACACGUUGUGUUUGGAAAUACUCAACACUGAUUAUAAUCUUUGGAAUAAUACACAAAUAAGUGUUGACAAAGGAACUUCAAAAGGAUUAUCAAUUGGAAAUGUUAGUGUAAAAAAACUAUCCCAUAAGUAUACUAAAACAAAAACUAUGUACUACCACAGAAUAAUAGUUAAUUUCCGGAAGUUGUCAUCUGGGAAUAAGUUCUUUCUUCACAUUUUGGUUGAUAUUCUUCAGGGUGGAUAUAACAUGGCUUCAUAUCCGAGACUGUUUUCAGGAGUUUACAUCAUUGCUUAUGGAAUUGAGGGUACAUUUAGCAAUAUCGACCCAGAUAAAGUUUACGACUAUCACACCGCAUUUGAUAUUAAACCAACAGAAGUAGUGUACAACGUUGAUAUUAAUGCAAAUCAAAAAGAAAUUAAAAAUAUUAAACUUAACCGAAACAAUGAUAAUAGUGCUGCAACAGUUGCAUUAGUAAAAGAACUAGCUCCUUUUACUAAAAAUGCUUUGUAUAGAUUAUACUUUAGUGAGUUUUAUGACUUUGCUAAUGCAGAUAGUUAUGGAAUAAAUAUAGGCUCAUCUGGAAUUAUUAUUAAUUCUUUAAAACCUAAUAUUACACUACCACCAAAUAAAGACCUAAGUGAAAUAGCAGAAAAAGGAUUACAUAUUAAUGGUUAUGAUGUUACUUUUUCUCCUUCACAUUCUUCGAAAUCUACUUUCUGUUUUGUUUUUACUCAUUGGAGAAAUAGAAGUUUUACCCUAACUAAAUAUUUAUCAACAAACAAUAAUAUUUUAGUAAAAUUAGAUUAUAAUAAAUCAAACAAUAAAGUAAUUUUAACUGUCAAUAAAACAACUCAAAAUUUUACCAUGCUAAGUAGUUUUAACGGAAAAAUAAUUGUUGUAUGGUUGGCAGAAGAUUUAAGUGCAAAUGUCACAAAAGUUUCAAUAAGUAACUACAGCGGAACAUUAACUAUACCAGCUGUUCAAUACAAUGCUAAUCAACGUUGGAAGUUUACAACUGAAGAUGGAGUGUUAUUAAGAUUAAUGUAUUCUCCAAAAUUUUACGACAUUGACUCAGAGCAAUAUCAUAAAGUAAUGCUUCAAGAAAAGUUAAGUGGAAGUUAUAUAAUGUAAAUAUAAAUGAAAAGAAAUAGUAGUAAAAAAAAGAGUAUUUUUGAAUUUAAUCAUAUUGAUAAAUCUUUAUCAGAAGAGCAAAGAGAAACUAUAAAAGACCUUUAUAAACAUUAUCAUAAGAAACAUUGGUGUUAUAAAAAAUCUUAUAAAAGUUACAAAUUUUUAGAUAAUAUUUUUUUCUAUUUCUAGUUUAUCUCUUAUUGCUGUUGGCACUAUCACAGGAGGGUUGACACUCAAUCCUAUUAUUCUUGGAGUAAUCAACGGUGUAGGAAUAAUUGUGGCUGGAAUUACAAAAAAGAAGGAUUUUAAAAAGAAGAUAGAAACAACAAAACUGGCUUAUACUACUUAUGAGAAAGUAUUAGUAGAACUACGAUCAGCACUCAGAGGAGAUGAGUGGAAUAAGCAAGAAUUUAUAGAUCGUAUUAAAAUAUUAGAUGAAAUGAUAAUUGAUCAAUGUCCAUCGAGUGUGGAUAACUUUGCGGAAAAGUAUAAAAAUAAAUUUAAUAUAUAA